AUGUUUUCAUUAUUUAGCUUAUGUCUAGUACAAGACCUAGAAUCAUAUAACUUAAAUCCUCCAUUUAAGCUCACAGGACUUACUGAAAUUGGAGAUUGGUCUGUAAUUGGCUCUGCUGCAAUUAUCAAAAAGUAUAUUCGCCUUACAAGCGCUGUAACAGAGGUAGAAGGUGGUGUUUGUCAUAGGAAACCCACCCAAUUUGAAAAUUGGACGGUAGAUUUUACUUUAAAAGGAUAUAAUGGAAAUGGCGGUGCAGGUUUUAAUUUUACUUAUUCAUAUGACUUCUGCCCAGAGAACAACGAAGAUGCAACCGGUUUUACAUUGUUUAUAAACACUACAACAAGAUAUUCCUUGUGUCCAAUCUAUAUAAUCGAAGGAAGGCACUUAAAAUCGAUGAAUUCGCAAGCACCAAUUGAUAUGGAAAAGGCCAAGAUCGGUGAUUUCGAUUUCAGAGGCGAAGAACCGAUAAAUAUCAGAAUAACUCGCGCCGGCAAUUUAAUUUCAUUAAAAUUCAUUCGUGGAUAUUACAUUACUAAUUUCGAGAGAGAAAUUCAGAAUCUUCCAUCUGUUGGCUAUUUCUCGAUCAAAUCUUACACAACUAAGUGGGCUGAUGACAAUGAUCUUCUUGAUUUCAAGGUCACUCAGCUUUCAGGAGAUAUUCCACUCGCAAAUGCCAAUAUUUCCGAAAUUAACAAAAAAGUUUUAGAUUUAAGCAAAAAUACAAGACGCGCGAAGAAAUUAGUACGUAAAUUCCAAUCAUUGAUUACAGGAAAGUACGAUAGAGCUCGUCGUUCUAAUUCCAACCAAUUGACAGGAAAUAAACAAGAAUUUUCUGAAAUUACAAAUGUCAUCAAUGAAUUGAUAACCAGAGCCACCCAAACAGUCAGCAAGGAGAAUCUCAAGGAGUUCAUACUCAACGAUGUCGAAGAAACGCUUGCAAAAGCCGCAGCAAAGAUGCAGAUACAAAUGGACAGAUACAAAGAGACAGAGUUCGACAUGAAUGACAUUUGGAGUGAUUUAAAGGGUAAUUUAAGGGAUUUGGCCAUGGAAGCGAAAUUGAAUAUGACAAUGCUCGGAGAAGAAGCAAUAAAGCUUGCCAACAAGAUAGUAGCUAAUAAUUUCACGGCUGAAGAGAUGGAAAUAGAAGAUUUACCGGCUGGAGAAGAAAAAUCUUUUAUUCCAACUUUUUGCAUUUUGUUUUGCAUCUGUGAGUUUGUUGUUUAUAUAUUAUGGUUCAAUAAUAAGAGGCGUCGCACUAAUAACUUCAAGAAAGCCGAUUAA